AUAAAUAGAUACACAACAUAUAUAUAUAAUAUAACAUUGACAAUGAUGGAUAAUAGUUUUAAUAAUCCAAAUAUCACUGUUAUACAUCAACAGCAACAACAGCAACAGCAACAACAAGAAAAGAAGAGGACGAUCACAACUUCAAUCACAUCAACGACUACAGGUUCAGCUCCGACUACAACUACAUCAUCAUCAACAUCAUCAUCAACAUCAUCAACAAGACAUAUGAAUGGAACAAAGAAACCAGAUCAACAACAACAACAUGUUGGUGUAACAAAAGAUAAAGAAAAGGAAAGGGACAAGGAUCUGGAUGAUAGCAUGUUGUCAGAGGAAGAGGAGAUGAAUGAUACAAUGUUCAACUUGUCACCACGUACAUUGAGGAAGUUGAAGGAGCUCACAUCACAGCCUGCCGAGUCCCAGCUACCAUGGCUACAGAAACGCCAACACAAAGCAAACAAACGCAACAUACCCGUUGCCAAGCUGCCCAACUGGGCUGCCUCACGUGCCUUCCAGAACAACGGAUACCUCAGCAACAAUGGAUCACAAUUCGAACAGAACAAGCCAGGCAAGCAUCAGACAACAUCAAGUCCAGGUAUCAAUGCAUUACCACCAACAGACAUGGAACACUAUUUGUUGGAGGAUCUGCUUUAUGUGAUGGUGGGCAUUGAGGGCACGCUGAUAUCAACGUCACAACGCCGAAUCGAACAACAGAUUGGAGACACGCACAGCACGCUGGUAUCGUUCACAAUCGAGCCAACGGUCGAUCCGAGUGUCAGUCAUGUGGUACAACGCAUCCUGCCACUGGCCAGCUACUAUGUCUACAUUGCAGACUUUGUCAACUCGCGCCAGAACUUUGAGUGGGGCAAGGUCAAUCAGGCGUUCUGCGAGGCGCUCUCACAGCUGCUGAAGGACUACCUCCAGAUGAUCACACAGCUCGAGGACCAGCUCAAGACCAGACAACUGACGCUACAACGCAUGUGGUACUACAUCCAGCCCACCUCCAAGAUCUUUGAGAUGCUCUACAAGCUCACAUUCGAGGCGACCAAGUACAGCCUACACGGCGCACAGAUACUCAAUCUCCUCCUCAACAGUCUGGCAAUCUUUGGAAGCGACCCAGCCUCAAAGGACUUGUAUCACUUCUUGAUUCAAUACUCGUCGAGACCAUUCUUGGAGAUGUUGGAGUGCUGGCUGUACAAGGGCAUUGUAGACGACCCUCAUUGCGAGUUUAUGAUCGAGGAGAACAUUGACUUGGUAAAGGAGAACAUCAACAGAGACUACAAUGACACGUAUUGGGACAACAGGUACACGAUACAAGAGUCGCAGGUGCCCAAGUUCCUCGAGAAGGAUCGCAACAAGAUCCUGCUGACGGGCAAGUACCUCAAUGUGAUCCGCGAAUGCGGCCAGACACUGGUGUUCAAUGGCGACGCCAUCCAGUACUCGCCCAACGAGAAGCAGUACAUCGAGAGGAUCGACCGCGCCUACGACUUUGCCUCGUCCACGCUGCUCACGCUGAUCAAUGAGCGCCAGCUGAUGGACCGUCUCAAGUCGCUCAAGUACUACUUCCUGCUGUGCAAGGGCGACUUCUUCUCGCACUUUAUGGAGAUCACGGCCGACGAGCUCAAGAAGCCGCUGUCUGAGAUCAACGUGUUCAAGAUGAACUCGCUUUUGCAGCUGUCACUGCGCACGUCCUCCAUCUCGGAGAAUGACUCCUUCAAGGACGACCUGGAAUGCGAGUUCAUGCCAUUAACAUUGCGCGAGCAAUUGUUAAAGAUCAUUCAUAUUGAUGAUAAGAAUGUAGUCAUUGAGCAGCAGCAACAACAGAAGGGCAACAGCGCCAACACUAGCGCAACCAACACAUCAACAAUGUCAACGAUAUCAAACACACAACAAUCAUCAUCGCCAGUUGCGCCACAGUCCAAGGAGUUGCUGGGCGUCGAGUCGCUGGCGUUCAGCUACAAGGUGAACUGGCCCCUAUCAUUGGUGAUCAACAAGAAGUCUCUGGUGCGCUAUCAGAUCAUAUUUAGACAUCUAUUCCUGUGCAAGCAUGUCGAGAAGUUGCUGGGCAACACAUGGAACCAGCAUCAAGAGUCUAGACGCUCGCAUAGCCAUCGUCCUGGCCUGGCCAUGCUACUGUCCUACUCUCACUUUCUGCGCCACCGCAUGAUCCAUUUCUUGCAGAACCUCGAGUACUACAUGAUGCUGGAAGUGUUGGAGCCCAAUUGGAUCAAAAUGAGGAAGUCGAUCAAGAGUUCCAAGACUGUGGACGAGGUGAUCAAGGUGCACGAUGACUUCCUCGAGACAUGUUUGGCAGAGUGUAUGCUCACCGACACGAGAUUGGUUACACUACUGAUGAAGUUCAUGUCUCUAUGUAUUAUAUUCUCCAAGUUCAACAGUGAGAUGGUGUUUGAGGAGAACGAGAUCAAUGCCAGUGAAGCCGACAAGGUCAAGCGAACGAUCGACAACUUUGAAUCCAAGUUCCACAAGAUAUUGAAACUGUUGCUGAACACUCUAAAGUCAUUCUCGACCAUUGAGUCCAAUCGCCAUAUGGUACAUCUGAUCAGACGACUGGACUACAACAACUACUACUCCACAUACUUUGAACAGCAACAACAACAACAGAUACAGCAACAACAACAACAACUACAACAGCAACAGCAACAGCAACAACUUCAACAACAAAGAUUACAACAACAACAACAACAGCAACAACAACAGCAACAAUAUUAUCAACAACAACAGCAACAACAACAACAACAGCAGCAACAGCAGUUGAGAAGUGUUGUACAGACUGGACAAUCAGGUUUGGAGAGGAACUCGACAACAACAGGCCCCCAGCCACUAUACACAAACAGGACACAGCAGCAGACAACCUCACCAAGCAAACAAAUGACAAUUGUCAACGGUAUAACAAGGAGACAGAGCAGCAGUAGUGGUGGCAGCUCAAGGCUAACAACUGGCAUCAUUAGUGGCGGACUUCCUGUACAACAGCCAUCUGGCAUCAAUCAAACAAUGCCCACAUAUCGUCCAUCAACAACUACAACCACCACAACAACAACUUCCACCUCCAACACAAUCAACAACAACAUCAACAACAAUAUCAUGGGCAUGUCCAAUGACACGGCCACCUAUCCACCUCGCUCCCCAAGUGCCAAAGACUUUACACAACGACUACUCGAUAUCAAACGUACCUACUCCAAG